AUGCAAGUUGUUUCAGAUUUGGUGAACAUAAAAUAUCUUUAUGAUAAAAUCCAAAUUAGUAAAAUAAUUAAUAAAAAUCUAAAUGAACUGAUUAAUAACCCUGAUUUUUCUUUUGAAGACGAGAUAAAUAGCUUUACUAAUUUAAGAAAUUCAAUAAUAAUUGAACAGUAUAAGGGAUUAAGUAUAAAUUUAUUAAACUUAUAUAAAGAGUAUUUAUUUUAUUUUGAAACAUUUAAAAGAAAAAAUUUAUUAAAAGGAAAAAAAAUAUUAUAUACAAAUGAUACAUUUGAAAAAAAUAAAAAAGUAGAAUAUGAAUUUGAACAGGAGAAUAUUAUAAUUAUCUAUAACAUAGGGAUAAUAAAAUCCCAUUUAUUAAAAUUAAAGAAACAUUCCGAUGAUAUCAAAUUAUUAAACAAAAUAUCUUAUGAAAUAGUAGAGAUUUUUAAUUACUUGUUUCAAAAUCAAAAUGAACAAAAGUUGAGCGAGUUAACUGAUAUUAAUUGUAUAAGCUCAUUUAUUUUUUUUUGUUUAGCAUCAGCAUAUCAUGAAAAUAUGUUUUAUAAUACUGCUAUAUCAAAAAAAUAUAAAAGAAAUUUAUUAGCUAAAUUAUCUUUUAAUAUAUACUCAUAUUUUAAUGAUGUCCAAUCUUGCUUAGAUGGAAAGCUUCUAGAUAUAUUCAAACAACCGAAACAUUUUUCUAUUGCAAAAAAUAAUUUACAAUAUAUAAGAAAUACUAAUGGGUAUUUCUACAAUUUUGUUUAUGUAAAUAAAACAAUUUUCAUUAGCAUAUGUAAUUACCAUUCUUCUUUAAAAUAUGUAGAAUUGUAUGAAUCGGCAGAAUUAAAAGUUAAAAAAUAUGAAGAAGAAAAAAUUGGUGAAAUUAUUUGUAGAUUAAAAUAUAGUCUAGAUAACGUAAAUAAAGGUAUAGAAUUAUGCAAAAGACAUAAUCUUAAUAUAAGUUUUACUUCAUUAAAAGAAAAAAUUAUAAAAAUAUUAGAGUUUUUUGAAUAUGAUAAUAAAAAUAUAUAUUUUGAAGUUGUACCUUCAUAUGAAGAUUUAGAGCCUAUUAAGGGAACAGAAGUAAUAAAAAUUAAAAAUAUUGAUAUUUCAGAUAUAUAUACAAAGAAAAAGAUUUCUAAUCGUUUAAAACUUUUGUUUAAUGAAAAAGCAAAAGAUAUUUAUGAAUGCUAUAGUAAAGAAACACUAUCGAUUUAUGAAAUGUAUAAUAAAGUAUUUUUAACUUUAAAUGAUCAAUAUAAGUUAAUAAACUUUUCCUAUAGAAAAAAUAUAGUACUUAUUUUAAACAAUGUAAUUUUAAAUAUGUUUAAUAGAAAAAACCAAAUUUAUCAACCCAAUGUUUUCGAAGAUAGAUUAAAUUUCCUUUUAAAUGUUGAAAAAAAUUUAAAAGAAAUACUAAUUGAAGCAGAAGACAAAUUGGCUGUUGAGAACAAUAAUCAUAUAGAAUUUCAAAGAAACUUUUCUAAUGUAUGUAUUAAUCAGGAUUCUUUAAAUUCAUAUAACAACUUUUUGUUUCAUUUAAGAAAUUUUAAGAACUCAUUAGACAAUCUUGAAAAAAAUAAUACCAUUUUCAAAGAAUUCCUUGAAAAUAAUUAUUCGAAUUUUCAAAUUUGUGAAAUGGAUACAUCAGCUUUUUUUGAAUAUAUAAUAAAUCAACUAAAUCAUUGUAUUGACGUUGAUUUAGAAUCUUUAGAAAAGGACUAUUUGUAUUAUAAAAGUAUAUUAUCUGAAGAUGAUGAGAAUGCAUCUAAUUCACUUAAUAGCAGUAAUGAUAUAGAAAAUACAAAUAAAUUGUUUUUAAAUUAUUCAAAUUUUUAUAAUUUUAUUAAAUUAAAUAACUUAUCAUUUGCCGUACAAAAAAAUACUAGUAACCAAAAAUUGCUUUAUUAUAAUGUAUUAAAUAAAUAUAUAAAUAUUCAAUCAGAAGAAAAAAUGUUUUUUGUUAUUGUUUCUAUUUACUUUUCAUUAAAUGUUCAAUUAACUAACUUUUCAAAAGAUCUAAUAGAAAUAAAAGAUAACUUGGAUGAUAAAUUUUUAAAUUAUUUAACUGAAGAAAAUAAUAGUGAAAAGCUAGAUGAACUAUUAGAAAAACAAAAAGAGAUACUCAAUACAAAAAAAACAAAAUUAGAAGAAAAAGUUUCUUUAUUUGAAAAGGAUAUUAAUCAAUUUUAUAACUAUUAUCACGAAUAUAAUAAAUUAGAAUAUUUUAAAACUAUUGAUGAUAUCAACAAUUUUAUGAAUGAAUUAAAGGCAACUUUUGAUAAUUUAUGUAUAAUGCAUAAAAAACAUUUCUAUACUUUAAAAAGCGCACUACUAUUUAAGGAUGAUAUCAAUAAAUACAUAUUUAUGAGAGAAAGCGAAAGAUCAAAAAUAAGGGUACAACAAAUUCCUAAUUACACAAAGAACAUUAGAAAUAACAGUGAACGUUUUUAUUAA